AUGGUGACAUUGGUUUUGUCCAAUGAGUCUCCGUAUGUGAAGUUGUUUGGACAGCCUCCAAAUUAUCACAAGCUCCGCAUCUUUGGUUGUAUGUGUUACCCAUGGAUACGCCCGUACACAGCUCACAAACUUUCUGCACGUUCUGUCCUGUGUGUGUUCUUAGGGUAUUCACUCAGCCAAAGUGCGUAUCUUUGCUUGGAUAGGCAAUCUGGUCGCAUAUACACAUCUCGACAUGUUCGUUUUGAGAAAGACCAGUAUCCCUUCGCAGCUCCUACUCUGGUACGGGUGUCCUCCUCUUCCCCGGAACCUGUUCUGGACACUACUCCCACCGUUGUUCCUCUUGUGCCAACGCCACUCGUGUCAUCUCUUCCGUCGUCGCCACCCCAGAGCUCGGAACCUCACCCCACCGUACCAACUUUGCCUCUGCUCCAACCGGCAUCGCCUCUACUCCAACCGGCAUCGCCUCCUCUCUCACCAACGCGAGUCUCCUCCACACACUCGUCUCCAACGACUUCAGCCUCACACUCCAUGGACGUCAACACGAGCCCAGGCCCCUCUUCCUCCUCACCUACAACACUAGACCCAUCACCACUAUCAAGUCCAACCAUACCUACACUUUCACCAUCUCCAAAUCCGACACCGUCGCCAACUCUCCCUCCGUCACCAGGUCCGAUACCUGCACCUACACCGGCACCUCCUCCAUCACCGCACCCCGUCCCUAUUCCUCCACCACCACCAAAUAACCAUCUUAUGCAAACCCGAGCCAAAAAUAAUAUCACUAAACCUAACACCAAAUACUCCCUCACCGCUACCUCUACACCCUUACGUCCUAGUAUUCCUAAAACCGUUGCUAAAGCGUUGCGGGAUCCAAAUUGGAGACAAGCAAUGUGUGAUGAGAUCAAUCCCAGACGCGGAAUGGUACUUCAGAGCUGGUCCCUCCACACGCGUCGCAAAAUGUAUAAAGCGAGUCUUGUUGCGAAGGGGUUUAAACAACAAUAUGAUCAUGAUUACACCGAGACAUUCAGCCCGGUAAUCAAUUCCACCAAUGUACGUGCGGUACUCCAUGUUGUUGUUUCUAUAGGCUGGAGUCUUCGACAAAUCGAUGUGAACAAUGCCUUCUUGCAAUGGUCACUUAAUGAUGAAGUUUAUGUUGCGCAACCUCUUGGCUUCGUUGAUCAUGAUCGUCCGCAUUAUGUUUGCCGCCUACACAAAGCUUUAUACGGUCUCAAGCAAGCUCCUCGUGCGUGGUAUCAGGAACUUCGAUCGUAUCUCCUCCAACUUGGGUUUAAGAACUUGGUAGCGGAUACUUCUUUGUUUACGCAACAUCAGAAUGGUGAUACUAUCCACGUGUUGGUUUAUGUUGAUGAUAUGUUGAUCACGGGCAACAAUGAUACUCUUCUCACUCAGUUUAUUGCUCACCUAGAGGCUUGGUUCUCUCUUAAAGAUCUUGGUGAGAUGAGCUAUUUCCUCGGACCGGUUUCCAUUCUAAUGGUACCUACUCCUCCGCUGACUCUAAUGUCCGGAACACCUCUAGAGAAGCCAAGUGAGUAUUGGGCGGUGAUCGGCAGCUUUCAGUAUCUUUCAUUCACAAGACCGGACAUCGCUUACGCAUCUCGUUACCUAGACAACUGUAUAUCGACGAAUUCUUAUAUCCUCUACCUCAAUGGAAACCCUAUCUCCUGGUCCUCCAAGAAACAACAGAGCGUUGCUCGCUCUUCCACCGAAGCAGAGUACCGCGCCGUGGCUAACACCGCCUCUGAACUGAGCUGGAAUGGUGCUCUCCGGGUAUCACAUGUCUUCACUCACGACCAGCUCGCUGAUGUGCUGACCAAACCUCUGCCUUAUCUGCACUUUCUGGACUUCAUGAGCAAGAUUGGAGUAGCUCCAGCUCCUCCAUCUUGA